AUGACAAGGCACGCUAGAAAUUGUACUGCAGGAGCAGUUUACACUUAUCACGAGAAGAAAAAGGACGCAGCAGCAUCUGGAUACGGUACCAAUCUUCAGAGAGUGGGCAAAGACUCUUUGAGAGACUUUGAUUGUUGUUGUUUGUCUUUGCAGCCCUGUAGGAAUCCAGUUAUCACAAAAGAUGGAUAUCUGUUUGAUAAAGAAGCUGUUUUGGAAUAUGUACUUGCAAAAAAGAAAGAGUACACAAGAAAGUUGAAAGAGUAUGAGAAGCAGAAGAAGAAACUUGAAGAAGAAUCUCAAGAAUUGACUGCAAAAGAGGAACUUACGAAGCUGCAAAAUUUCUUGAAAGGUGAAAAAACUAUUGUGUUUAAGAAAGAUGAAAAGAAAAAUGAAGAAGCUGGACCUUCAUCUGUAUCAAAUAUGUGCAAUGGAAAAGAUAAAGAGCUUCCAAGUUUCUGGAUUCCAUCAAAAACUCCUCAAGCAAAAGAAAAGAUAAUUGAAAAGCCGGAUAAGAAUGUUUACUGUCCUGUUAGCGGAAAAAUUCUCAAGAUAAAAGAUCUCAUUCCUGUCAAGUUUACUGAAGUUAAAGAUCCAGAUGAUAAAAACUCUCUGAUUGUUAAGCAGGCUAGAUACAUGUGUCCAAUUACUCAUGAUGUUUUGAGUAAUAGUACUCCUUGUGCCGUUAUUAGAACAACAGGUGAUGUAGUCACAAUGGAAUGUGUGGAGAAAAUUAUAAAAAAAGACUGGAUAAAUCCUCUUGACAGUACAAAACUCACAGAAGCUGAUAUCAUUCCAUUGCAAAGGGGUGGUACUGGUUACUCAGCUGCUAAUGAUAAUCUUCAAGGGAAAUACGAGAGACCAGUGUUGCAAGCUUAA